UCUCUCCUGAAUGAAUGACAUCAUGCGGGAUGCUGUCUGUCCCAUAGUCUGUCCCUAUCUGCGACAUGACACCUUCACACAGUGACGGCUACAGGUUGAUUUAAAACCUUUACAGUGCAGGCGGUUUAGAGUGAUGCAGCAGAGGUUGUGUUCCAGAGGCUCUGGUUCUUUCUUUUUGGAGAGGAACGGCCAGGCCUGUGGCGCCAUCUCCAUCACUUCCCGUGACCUCCCCUUCCGUUGCCCCCGCUGCGGUGAGCAGGAGCGUUUCGGCAGCCUGGCCUCACUCCGUGCGCACCUGGAGUACCGCCACUCAUACCGCUCGCCGGACGUGACCGCCGGUGGUUUCAGCAUCACCGGCAAACUCCCGGACCCAUUGACUGCUGCGAUACCCUGGUACGACAUGAGCCUCCCGACCCGCAGGGGGCAGCAGAGCAUGGGGAGGCCACCUCACGCCCGCUCCCUUAGUGACAGCAGAGACAGCGGAUACCUCCACUCCUACGGCUCUGCGAGGAGACGCACACAGAGUGUCGGGGUGGGUACUCAGGCUGAUGAAGAAGACGAGGAUGAGGAAGACGACCAGGAAGUCGGGACUGAGGAUGAAGAUGCUGGAGAAGAGGAGGAUGAGGACAAUGAAGGUGAAGAAAGACAUGGUGGGAGAAAUGAAAUGGAUGUCAAAAUGUCUGACAAAAAGACAGAGGCAGGUCACCAUCACCUGAACCACCAUCACCUCCAUCACCUCCUGUUCCCUGCUCCUGCUCCUCUUGGCCCCCCUCCAGACCCGGACCUGGACCUAGACCUGGAGCUGGUUGAGCAGAACUCAUACACCGGCUUGGAGACGGCAGCAGCCUCGGCCGCAGUUCAACGGCGACUGGCCAGCAUCCUGAGGGCGGCCGACAGCACCAUGCAGCGUCGACUGGCCAAGGUGAGCACAGAGCUCGCCCAGACGGACACGGAGCUCCUGUGUGAGCGAGCUCACUCACAGCACCUGGCCCAGGAGAGACAGGAAGUGGCUAACAGGGAGAGGUCACUGAGCCGGCAGGUGGACGUGGCUGUCAUGGUGAUCGCCGCGUUGAGGGAACAGCUAAAUGCCUCAGAGAACGAGUUGGAACGCCGAGAAAGAGAGGUGAUAACAAUACAAAAGUUUCUGGAAGCGGCAGCUCGACAGGAGACUUGCGGGAAAGUUCGAAUCCAGCAAUUCAUCGAGAACCUGCUGCGACGCAUCGCUCUGGCCGAGAGACUUGUGGAGUAUUACCAGGUCAACGGCAGCCUGCAACAGUGCAACCACUACAAGUACCAGCAGCCGACUGAUAAUGGACCUCACAGAAUCACUAAAAGCAGGUCGGCGGGAGGUCAGCUUUCCUCUUCUGGUCUCAUGACAACAGAUCUCACUCCUCACACUUUGGUGGCUGUCCGCCGUUCUCCAAACCCUGUGGGGAACGAGACAGGGAGCGGGAGCACCGGGAGCGGCUCGCCCAGUCAUCCAGGCUGUUCUGCCGACCCGAACACAGAGACGACAUCUGGAACCACCAGCGGCGCCGCUCAGCCGGGUACGAGGCGUAGAACUGUGGAGAAGCACCAGAGGAGAGGGGGUGUCAGCGGGUAAAACUAUAUUCAACAACCACUAUUAUUUCAGUGUGUUAACCUGUGGAAAAGAAAUAUUAGGUCACAUUUACAUCAAGCUUCUCUGGGGUAAUUAAUCUCAGCUCUGAAAGGGUUCCUCCUCCAGUAAAAACAAUUGUUAAUAUCAAGAAAAUUACCACAAUAAAUACAAUUUAAUCUGGAUGAGAAGAGGACAGAUGGAAUUUUUCUGCUUAGAUUACUACAAAAUCCCUCACCUGGCAGGACGGCAAUAUAAAAGCAAUUUCUGAGCCAUAGUGAUGUUUUUUAAAUAACCUUUUGUAAAUUCAUGUAAGGUUAUAACUUCAACGGGGAUAUGAAAUCUAAUCAAGUAUCUUAUUUAGACAUGAAAUUGUAUGCACAUCGGCAAAAUUUCAGAAAUCUUCUCAUGUCUCAAUGUUCACCAAUGGAACAAAAACAACUUUAUCAGGACUUAAAAAAUACAACACAUUUUAAAGUAAAACAUGUUCCUUUUUUCAAGUCCCAGGACAAAAAUAUGUAUAUUAUACACUGCUUAAAUCAUUAAAGGAUUACUGAACACUGAACAGAGAUCCAUUUCUCACCACUUAAAGCACAUUUUUAUGUUAGUUAACAGUAAGGAACAGGACAGCUCUGCACAGUUUAUUCUGAUUAAAUGCUUGAUGCAUGUAUACGCACAGCAAAUCUUUUUGCAACCACAUGUGUAGAUGUACUAGAGGUUGGCGGGGCAUCAUGGGAGUGAUUCUCUCUGUUGACCGUAGUCAAGACGAACGAGUGAAACCAACCUGAGGAAG